CACAGAUAAACGUGACAUGCGGGGUUGAUUCCUGGGUAAGACUCUGAAGAACAGAAGGAAAUCCAGAGAUGAUUUCAUAUGAAGACGACAGCACAGAUGGAAAAUCAUCACACCAUAACACGAGAAGCGAAGGAUCUACAUGCACAGUCAGAGUUGGGUCCAGAAGUCUUCCACUGUAUCCACUGGUUAUCACGUGUUUAGGACUGCUUAACACCAUUCUGCUGUUAACUGCUGUUGUUAUUGGGAUUUACUGUGGCCAAGUCAGUGAGGAAUCCACUCCAGACCCUAUAACAACUCAAGCACUUAUCAUAGAGGUGAAGCAACUUCAGAUAAGUCAGAGCGAAACUAUCAAAGCUCAAAAAGAGACCACAGAAGAAUUAGAAAAAGAGCUCAGGAGCCAUCAGCAAUUUAAACUGCAGUUAGAGCAGAACAAGACCCUCAGUGACAGCCUUCAGAGGCAGCUUGAGGCACUACAAGUGGAGAAAGCAACCCUACUGUCCCGUACAUCUGUUAUCCGGGAAAGCUGUGGACGAUGCCUUCCAGAAUGGUUUUUAGUAAACACAUCAUGCUACUUCCAUGCUAAAAUGUCAUCCAGUCGCUUAAAGAACUGGUCAGACAGCAGAGCGGACUGUAUCAGCCGCGGGGCCGACCUUGCUGUGAUUGACAACUGGGAAGAGCAGGUAAAUCUCUUUGAGCACCUGCCAAAUCUGGAUCGAAGCAGUCGACCGCAUUGGAGCAGGCUUGGGGGAAUUUGGAUUGGCCUCACGGACAUUCAAACAGAGGGAACUUGGGUGUGGGUAAAUAAUGUGAUUCUGCUGGAUGGAGGGUACUGGAUACAAGGCGAGCCCAACGACAGUGGAAUACAGGGUGAGGACUGUGCAGCACUUAUGAACACAGACAACCCCAGGAGGUCGUGGUUUGAUGGAAAUUGCCUGGUGAACAGGGAAUGGUUAUGUGAAAUGGCACCAAGCUAGCUGCGGAGUGCAUGUCAGUCCUGGUCAAGCCAUCAUAUGAGGAGAGAAGACAAACAUUCAGUUAUCAUUCAUAGCUAAAUGUAUUGUUCGUUGGUUUAUUUAAUCAUGAAUAAAUGCAUUGAUUAUAUAUAAACAACAGUGGCUCUUCAUUGCAGUUGUGUUUUAGUUAAAAGCAGGAUUAAACCAAGGAGGGAUUUGACAGCAUAUUUAAUUUGUUUUUACCAUAGAGCACUGCGAAUCCAGUACAGUACCUUUAAUAACAAUUCACCCCACUUGGAUUUUGUAAUGUUGAAUCACAGUUGAUAAGACAGAAAAAAUAGAUACGUCAAAAGGAAAACAAAGGUCUGA